GGGCGCGAGUGGGGCUCGGGGCCUGGAAAUACUUCGCGAUGCAUACUUCUCCGGGAUGUCGGUCGCAUCGACGGCGUGGAUGGGAACGUGGUUCUCGGUGGGCAGUACAGUGAACGAACGCGGGACUGCGUCAACGUUCGUGGAGGAGUCGGGGACGAAGCGAGCGAGCGAGGGCACGAGAAGCGACGAGAGUCUGGGGCUCCGGGUUCCGACAUUCGACGUUCGGUGACGGGAUCGCUGGCGGGGACAGCGCAGCGCGCGAAGAUCGAUCGAGGGACGGAGCGAGGGCAUCUCAUCUCGUGCGCGCACAUGUCGUAGGGAUUCGGCGCGGGGCGGAGCGGGCUUUGCGAGAUCGUGUCCGACAGUUGGGAUUGCGUCGAGUCGAGUUUUUCUCGUGGAAAGUCUCGUGUCGUCGACGAUUAGGGCUCGGAGAGCGAAGCAUCGAUUUUCAAUCGGGUGAUCUCGAGGAGAGAGCUCCCUCUGGCGGUCGAGCUGGGCGUGCAUGAUUGCGGAGCUCAAGCAAUCCUCGGGCGGACGGACGGUGAGGUCCAAGAGAUCGUUUCUGUGUUGUGGAUUAGGGUUCCUUCUGCGGUAGGUCGUCGUCGACGAAGGAGGAUAUCACUCGUUCGAAUUGGGUUCGUCCGAUAGGAGAGGGGUUUAAGCGAAUAGAGUCGUAGGGAGAUUUUGGGAACGCGGGGGCGUGAGUUCGGCAGGAUGUCGGCCGUGCAGUUGCUGGGCCAUCUGCCUGCGCCCAGGCAUGCCAAUAAUUCGACGUACGAUGUCUCGUCGGAUCCUUGGUUUAAGGGCCGCGCCGAUGCGGUGAAGUCACAGCAGUCUUCGCGUUUCAAGGAGCCUCCUCCUUACGGGAAACGAGCGGGUUUCGUUCCUCGGAAGGUGGAGGAUUUUGGAGAUGGAGGCGCCUUUCCGGAGGUUCAUGUUGCCCAGUAUCCUCUGGAUAUGGGGAGGAAGGAGGAGAAAGUCGACAGCAAAAUUCUCCCGGUAAGUGUCGAUGCCGAAGGUCACAUAGCUUUUGAUGCUAUUGUAAAACAGUCCGAAAAUGCCUCCAAAGUUGUCUACUCCCAGCAUAGAGACCUUGUUCCGAAAGUACCUUCGGAGGUCAUUGCCGAGAAGCCGGACGAAGAGGAGAUUCAAGAGACUACUGAUAGAACUAAAGCUGCCUUGGAGAAAAUUGUUUCGGCCAGGUUGAGUGCGGCCCAGCCGAAAAGCGUUCCAAAUCAAAACUCUGCGCCGUCGUACAUCAAGUACACACCGUCCCAGCAGUCAACUGCUUUUAAUUCUGGCGCCAAAGAGAGGGUGAUUCGCAUGGUGGAAAUGCCCAAGGACCCAUUGGAGCCGCCGAAGUUUAAGCAUAAAAGGGUGCCGAAAGCUUCAGGAUCGCCACCCGUACCUGUCAUGCACUCACCACCUCGACCGGUUACCGUCAAAGAUCAACAAGAUUGGAAGAUCCCUCCUUGUAUUUCCAACUGGAAGAAUCCGAAGGGUUACACCAUCCCGUUGGACAAACGACUUGCCGCAGACGGAAGAGGUCUUCAAGAGGUUCAGAUCAACGACAACUUCGCCAAGCUCUCGGAGGCACUGUACGUUGCGGAGCAGAAGGCGCGAGAGGCCGUGGAAAUGCGUUCGAAGAUUCAGAGAGAGCUGUUGCUGAAGGAGAAGGAGAAGAAAGAGCAGGAGCUUCGUAUGCUCGCUCAAAGGGCUAGGAUGGAGAGGGCCGGAGGUACAGGUGUAGGAGGAGAGAGGGCUGUUCCUGGUGUAGGCGCUAAUCUCAUGUCUGGCGACAGGAAGCUGGACGAGCCCGAAGCCCCACGGACUGUAACAAAGGAAGAGAGGCAAAGAGAAACCAAAGAAGAGCGAGAAGAACGUCUCAAACGCGAGUCUAUCCGAGAAGAGAGGAGAAGAGAAAGGGAACGAGAAAGGAGAUUGGAAGCAAGAGAUGGGCCCGUUGGGAAGAAGAGCAAAAUCACCAGAGACAGGGAUAGAGACAUUAGUGAGAAGGUCGCCCUUGGAAUGGCCACUACCGGAGCAGCCGGUGGUGAAAUUAUGUAUGACCAGAGGUUGUUCAACCAGGAACAAGGAAUGGAAUCAGGCUUUGCUGCUGACGAUGCUUACAAUGUGUACGACAAGGGCCUGUUUACUUCACAGAAUGCCCUUGGAGGGUUGUAUCGACCUCGCAAAGAUGCUGAUAAUGAGGUUUAUGGAGGAGCAGAGGAACAGUUGGACAAAGUUCUUAAAACGGAUAGAUUUAGAGCUGACAAGGGCUUUGCAGGCACUUCGGAAAGAACAACUUCUAGAGACAGACCUCUGGAAUUCGAGAAGGAGGUAGAGGAGGCCGAUCCUUUCGGUCUAGACCAGUUCUUAACUGAAGUGAAGAAGGGUAAGAAGACCUUGGACAGGGUCGGUGGUGGAGGAACGAUGAGGGCCAGUGGCGGCUCAGGACCCAAAGAAACGUAUGAAGGUGGCUCGAGUCGUAGUCGUGUAGACUUUGAGAGGGGUACCCGGUAGGCUUCAAAUUUAAGUCCACAGUAAUUCAAGAGGAUUCGUGGAGGCCGUUUUCAAAUGGUCGGAAGCAUGUCCUCAUGCUAUGACUAUCCAACCUCCGUGGUUUUCGCCGCAAAUUGUUUGCAAAACAUCUGACAGUGGAUAAACUCGUCACAACUGCAUGUUGUAAACUUGCAGUACUUCCAUUUUAAGUGCAAAACUUAAGUAAAUGGGAGCAACAGGUACAGGUGGAGCUUGAAAGCGCGUCGAUCGGCGCUCAGUCAGCUGAUUAAAUAGAAGACUCAGCGCAUGCUUCUUUUGGUUUCACCGCCACUACGUAGGAGCUGGUCGUAAGCUUUACUCGCUUCUAGGCGUAAUUUCAAGAGUGUAAAGGCACUGCAGUGAGUUUAUUUCUUUACAUAGACUGGAUCUGUCAGUGGAGCGGACGCUGCGGUUGCAGCAUUUAUUUGUAUCAUUAGAAAGAAGAAUUAGCUCAUGGUGGAAUGCAAUGUUUUCUCAGUGCUGUUCAUCAUUGUACAGUUUUUACAGUGACCAUGUGUUUCCUUUCCUUACCUUCAUAUUUGAAUUCAAUCGUCAACUUUCUUUC